CAAACACAGGAGACAGAAACACUGAGGACAUGAUUGUGUCACUCGAUUAAUGUUAAUGCUGCUAAUAUUUCAGAGCUGGAGAGUUUAUUACGCUGCACGACGAUCGGUGAGAAAAUCCGACGGAUGAUCAAACAUGAUCCGCAGAGAGAGCUUCUUCCACAGCCAGAUGAAACCGUUAACAGCGUUCAGUUCAAACAUUAGACUUCACUAGAGAAUUAAACCGUCUCAAGCUCGAGUUCAUGGCGUUUCUCGUCAAGAAGAAGAAGUUUAAGUUUCAGACUCAUGUUACUCUGGAGGAGCUGACAGCCGUGCCUUUUGUCAAUGGAGUUUUGUUCUGUAAGAUCAGACUGCUGGAUGGAGGAGAUUUCACUGCUUCAUCAUCCAGAGAAGAAGUCCACCAGAACGCCGUUCGCUGGAGGAAGAGGUUCUCCUUUGUGUGCAAAAUGAGCGCCAACCCCAACACCGGCGUUCUGGACCCCUGCGUGUGCCGCGUCUCUGUCAGGAAGGAACUCAAAGGAGGAAAAACAUAUUCAAAGCUGGGCUUUGCUGAUCUGAACAUGGCAGAGUUUGCUGGCUCGGGCUCCACCGCGCGCUGCUGUCUGCUGGAGGGAUACGACACCAAGAACACCCGGCAGGACAACUCCAUCCUGAAGGUGACCAUCGGAAUGACCCUCUUAUCCGGAGAUCCCUGUUUCAAAACUCCCCCAAGCACUGCCAAAUGUAUAUCUAUGGCCGGUCGAGACCCUUCCCUGCAGCUGGACUGUAAAGGAGAAGGAACCGCUGAGGUUUUGCCCCGACUGACUAAACAGAGACCUUCUAUACUCGGCUCUGCUCUUCCCGAGGAGGUGGAUCAGGGUCAAAGUCCUGAAGAAUCGUUUCACUCGGGUCAUUCACGCAACUCAAGUUAUGCCAGUCAGCAGAGCAAACUAUCAGGCUACAGCACCGAACACUCCUGCUCCUCCAGUCUGUCUGAUCUGACCCAUCGCAGGAACACAUCUACAGGCAGCAACGUGAGCGCCGACCCCCCGUCUGAGAGCGACACCCGUCCCGAGCGGCCUCCACGACCCCCGCGGCCCAUCUUACCCUCCAACAGACCGCCACGGAGGAAGCAGGAUUCGGUGGAGGAUCGCCCGACCUGGGUCAACGACACGCGUAUGGACGCAGACGACAUCGUGGAGAAGAUCGUCCAGAGUCAGAACUUUUCUGACAUCAGUAACAAUGAAGGUGACAAUCAAACUUCAUCUCAGCUGAUCCAUGACCAGCGUCUGAACACUGAUGUAUUGCACGUUCGCUGUGGAAAUACUCGCGUCCGCUUACAUAACUAAUAAUUA